UCAAGAUGGCGGAUGGCUCGGUCUGUGUUUUCCUGCAGCCAUAUAUAACGUGACCUUGAAGGAGCAGGUCUAUUUUAUUGCGAUGGGGACAGAGCCAACGGUAUCUAGCUCUCAUGUUGAGCACCUCUUAGCGGAAAUUGAAUCGAGUGACGGACUUCUUGGACCGACCUUAAGAGCCGUCUACGAUGGAGAAGAACACACUGAGUUUAUGGAUAAACUGGAGGAUCGCAUACGAGUUCACGAUAAGGACAUCGAGCGGAUGUGUAACUAUCACUACCAAGGUUUCAUCGAAUCUGUUAACGAAUUGCUCAAAGUUCGCGGAGAAGCACGGAAACUCAAGAUCAAGAUAAAGGAAGUGAAUGAAUCCAUGCAAGAAUCAGGACGUGAGCUCUUUAGCAAGUGUGAAAACCUGAUAUACUGUCGCACAACCCAGAGAAAUAUUGUAUCUGCAAUCGAGAUUCUUAGCCUCUGUUUACCAGUGCUUGAGAUGUACGCUAAACUUAAAGAUCAGAUGCAUAAUAGAAGGUAUUACCCAGCAUUAAAAACAUUGGAGCAGCUUGAACACACCUAUCUUCCAAGGAUAAAAAGAUUUAGAUUUGCAGAGAUCAUGCAAGAAAGUAUACCUGUUGUUAGAAAACACAUCAAAGAAGCUUCAAUGGGUGACCUGAGGGAUUUUCUGGAGAAAAUUAGGAAGGUUUCUGUCCGGUUGGGCUCAAUAGCAAUGAAACAGGCAAUACAAAAGAAUAACUUAACACUUAUGCCAGGAGUUGGUUUGAAGAAGAAAGGAGAAGACGAAGAAUUAGACAAAUCUGCUCAAGAUUUGGUGGACUUUUCCCCAGUGUACAAGUGCUUGUACAUUUUCACUGUUGUAGGAGAAAGAGAGACAUUUGAUAAUUACUACAGGAAACAAAGAAGAAAACAAGCUCGUCUUGCUCUGGAACUAAGCUCUGGAAGUAGAGAUGGAAACCUGGAAGUGUAUAGAUCUUAUUUUCAUCAAAUUGUAGGGUUCUUUGUGGUUGAGGAUAUAAUUCUACACACAACCAAGGGCCUUGUAACAAGGUCAACGGUUGAUGAUCUUUGGGAAAUGGCAGCAAACAAGAUUGCACCUGUGCUCAUCACAUGUACACAAUCGGCCUACUGUGAAGAACCAUCUCUGCUUUUAAAAGUGAAAGAACUCAUUGUGUGGUUCUGUCACACCCUGUCAGGUUUUGGAUUUAAUGUAAAUAAAAUUUUUGAUGUUCUUCUAGAAAUGAGACUUCAGUACAAUGAAAUUUUAUCAAAGGAUUGGGAAGCUAUUUUCAAGAAAAUUUUUGAUGAAGAUAACUAUACACCAAUGCUUUGCCAAGAUGAGACUGAGUACAAUGACAUCCUGAAGGAAUUUCCUUUUGAUGAGACAGAGGUUCUACAGCAUCCUUUCCCAAGGCAGCUUCCAUUUUCUGAGGGUGUUGUUAAAAUCUAUCAAGAGGUCAAACACUACAUAAGAUCAUGUUUAAAAUUCAAUGAAAACCUCAACGUCAGUCAAACUGAGAUUGGAGAUUCGGUGCGAAAGUCAACAAAUUUACUACUAACAAGGACACUCAAUGGUUGCAUAACAUCUAUUAUUAGAAGGCCAACAAUGUCAAUUCCACAGCUUGUUCAAAUGUCCAUUAACACAAUUCAUUUAGAAGAGGCCUGCAAUCAUCUUGAAGAGUAUGUGACUGCAGUGACUGGAACCUCCAGUGAAAGAAUUAAUGUUUCACGAGUUUAUGGGUUGUCAUCGUUCAAAGAUAUGAGAGCUGAGGCAGAACAACAAGUUUACGAAAGACUUAAUAUGAAAAUAGAGGACUUUGUAGAGUUAGCAAAUUACAAUUGGGUUCCUGUGAACUCCAGAUUACAUGCCAGUAGCUAUCUUGUGGAUCUAUUGGACUAUCUUCACACCACUUUUCUAAACUUCACAACACUACCGGGGAAUGUGGCCCAGACGGCCUGCAUGUCUUCAUGUAAAUAUCUCGCCACGAAGCUCAGAGAGAUGUUACUAGAUGAAGAGGUUAAGCAGAUGAACUCGCACGGCUUGGACGGGUUUAACCAAGAUCUUAGAAAGUGUGAAGAGUUUGUCAACUCCAAUCCAGUAGAGGGGAUAAGUGACGGCACACUACAAAUGACAUUUCUGGAAUUAAGACAGUUGGUAGAUUUGUUGUUGAAUGCGGACUGGUCCACCUACUUCGCUGAACAUGGUUACACAACUAGUAAAUACAGUCGAGUUAGCCCCCAAGAUGUAGCAAGAAUCCUUGAGAAGAUGACGGACACAGGAAAGAAGCGAAUUUUAACUUUAAAGAAAGUCGACCGAGACCGCAAAAAACUCAACGAAACGAUCUUGAAACGGCUGAAGACUUUGGAUGCGGAUACUUCGGGAGCUUCUGUAAUGUCUUGAAUUCUUCUACCAACUGUGGAGGUCUCAAGAUCUUCAGCACAACAAGAUUAACCCACUAGGGAGCUAACCAUGAUUUGCAGAUUUACCAGUAAUAUGAGAUCAUUCUAUGUCAGGAGGUAGGACACUGAAGGAACAAGGCUUUCUCUUCUGGUACCUUGAUGGCUUAAGUAACCAUGCCUUGGCAUGGAAAGACAUCGUGAAAGUUGAGUAAAGGGGACAAGCAUGACCGUAAAUAACUACAAUCGUAUUACUCUCUGCUUUAGAUAUAAAACGACCUAAUAAGUAAUGAAGCGCAUAACUUGAAAGUCAGACUAAUAAAGAUCACUAUUGUACCAUCCGCAUUACGCCUGGUAAAUUUGAAAAAAACCUUUUUCAAAAAGACCUGGAAAUCAGAGAAAGUUUUUCCGCUCACACUGCAGUGAUCAGUGGUAGAAAAGCUUGACUGCAACCUUGGGCAUUCGUGCAAGAAAGGUCGUCAGAAUGUGUGCAACUGCGCACCUACUCCCCCUUGUUAUUAGCUGACUGUUGCUAGGUUAGGGGAGGGGUAGGUGCACGGUUGCUCAGAUAUUUACAUCGAUCCGAUAGGUCUAACCAUACUGCAAAAAAAAUAAUAAUAAUAAAUAAAUUGAAAGUGCAGUAAAAAAAUCCACACUAGGACUUAAAGAACGUAUUAUCAAAUUUAUCUAAGAAAAGAGCGUUUUCAAAAGGCGCCAUUUUUAGUUUACUCCAGGUUCAGCUUCAUCUGGAUCAGUGUGUUCGCUGGAGGUAGCCGUAGACGUAGAGUUGUGUUUUUGAAUUUACUCAGCGUACUGCGGAGAGGCCUUUAGAUGUGCUCAGCAGCUGUUAAUCAUUAGAGUUCAACGGUCUACGUCGUUGAAUCGAAAUGUGUAAUUUGAAAUCUUCUAUAGCGAUUUUCUAAGUUUAUGAAGUAGUCAGGAAUACUUAAGAUCUCAAUUGCAGUUCGCCUUACCGCCUAGCAGCGAAUACUUAUUAUGUUAGUUAGGAGAAUUUGGUAUUGGAUCAACCAAAAAAAUUCCCUUAAUGAUCAUUUUCUUUAAUGUCAUCACGUCUGCUCUAUGUUGUACUGUUAUUUUAAGAAGAAAUUAUGUCUUGGUCACUCACAGAAGUAUAAGAGUUAAUAAUAACGA